AUGGCAGACGUCGACCACAAAGAAGUGCUUUCCAUAAGCGAAGAAAAAAACCAGCAGCUCACUCGAGAAUAUCUUCAACACGAUGAAUCUCCAGAAAGCAUUGAGGGGAGGAAACAAGAGGCUGCGCUUGUUAGGAAAUUGGACUGCUUCGUAGCACCCGUAAUGAUGCUUUUGAUGUUAAUUAGCUAUUUGGAUAGGGGGAAUAUUGGGUUUGCAGCGACCCAGGGCAUGACUAAGGACAUUGGGUUAAAGGGGACUCAGUUGAAUACUUCGGUAUCGGUUUUUUACAUCUUCUACAUUCUCGCCGAGUUUCCAACAUCCAUUCUCGUCAAACGCCUCCAAUUCAACCGCGUCAUUCCCGCCAUUACUUUCGGCUGGGGAGUAGUUUGUCUCUGCACCGGCUUCGUCCAGAACUUCGGGGGUUUAGUUACCACACGUAUCUUCCUAGGUUUCUUCGAAGGAUGUUUGUUCCCAAGCAUGACGAUCUUCUUGUGUAACUGGUACACGCGUGAAGAGCUCGGCGUCAGGGUCGCCUAUCUUUUUAUCGCAUCCGCCCUCUCAGGCGCGUUCGGCGGCCUCCUCGCCUGGGCAAUCCUGCAUAUGGAUGGCACAGCGGGAUGGCCUGGCUGGCGAUGGCUGUACGUCCUUGAAGAAGGCAUUAUCACCAUAAUCUGGGCCUUCAUAUGCAUCUUCGUAGUUCCCAAGAACUACGAAACUGCCUACUUCCUCAACGAUGCCGAGAAAGCGAUCAUGCGGCAACGUGCCGAGCGCACAGAAGCGUAUUCUGGUGGACGGGGACACUACACGAAAGCUGAUAUCAAGGAGGCGGCGAAAGAUGUUAAGAGCUGGGUGCAUGGGGUCAUUCAGAUUGCAGCCCAAUAUCUCGUCAUCCCUGUCAACCUUUGGGGUGCCGUUGUCUACGCAAUUGGUGCUUACCUCUCCGACCGCUACCGCACGCGCUUCCUUCCUCUAAUCGCCAUGGCUCCCAUUGGCAUCGCUGGAUAUGCAAUCCUACUCUCCCCUGUAUCAGCCGGCGUCCGCUACUUCGCAACCUACCUCAUUUCUACAGCGUGUUUCCUCUGUACUGGGGGCAACAUUGCCUGGCUAUCCGGCAACUGCGCCCCUGAUGGGAAACGCGCCGCGAGUCUGGGAAUCCUCCUUACGCUGACGAAUAUUGGCGGCGUGGUGAGUGGACAGAUCUAUCGGACUACGGCGGCGCCGAAGUUUACGUUGGGGCAUGCGUGGAGUUUGGGGUGUUUGGGGUUUGCGUGGUGCGGGUGGUGGGUAGUUAGGGCUAUCUACACGAGGAGAGAGGGUAGGAAAGAUAGGAAGUUAGAGAGGGGAUAUGUAAGGAGUGAUGGGGUGGGGAUGUAUACGGACCGUGAGCCGGAUUUUAGGUAUCAGAUUUAA